GCAGGACGUAUUUCAGACCCGAAACGAAACCUAGUGACGUUGCACCUUCGGUAACAGAACUGCGACCCUACUACAUAAUGAUCUUAUGCACAAAGUUCGGGCCUUAAGUCCUGAAGAGAUGUAAAACAAGAUGCUGAAACCUUUAAUCGACCUCAUCACCCGUGUCAUCGGGUAUGGCUAUGACAAUUUCUCUGAUAAAAAAGUUUUAUUAUAUCAUGAUGGACGAAAAUCUGUAUAGGAAACAAAAAGCGCUCGGAGUACUACCGAACGUUAAUGACGAAGACGAGGAAAGUAGGUUUCGAUUGUUGAGAGAAAGUAUGCUGAAACUUCUUCAUAUUUCUGAAUCGGAAAAAAACGACUCGACGGACGACGACGACAACGACGGCUAUGCUAUCAACGCCGUGUCCAGUAAAAGCGGAGCUCGAAACAAACGGGCAGGAAAACCAAAGUUAACAGAAAACCGACGAUCGAGCUCGGGAGAGAAAGGACCACUAAAACACGGUAAAGAAUAUUCAGCAAGUACUCGGCGGAAAUCCAGCUUCAAGAAGACAUGUAAACUUACAGAACCCCUUAAGAGGAGCAGCUCGGCAACGUCAUUAGAACAUAUUAAACGAAAACCUUCAGCCGAUAACAGUAAAGGACGUACACACGACAGAAGUUGGAAACUUAGAACUCGCCGAACGAGCAGGUAA